GUCACGAUGCGCUUAUAACUCGUGUCCGUGCCAUUUCUAAUGCCAUAAUAUGUAAAUAUUUUCAUUGCGUGCGUAUAAACUAUUACGUAAUUUUGUUUAUUCGAGUAUGCGGGAGCUCAGGACCGGCCAUCAGCUAUCGGCCUAAUGUGCGCGGGCGCAGACCGACCCAGCCAGUUCCGACGGUCCCACGGCUGGCUCCCAGCAUUGCCAAGUCGUCAGUAACGCGUCAACCUUUGCGGGGCGCGGACGUGACGUGUUCGGAGUUUGAUUUAAUAAUAAUAAUAAGAAAAAAACAAUCGCCGUGCGUUUGGAAACAGUGUUUUUGUUUGACCAUUAGUGCCAUACGAUCUGGCGUCCGAAGCGAGUUCGCCUAAAACCAUCGCUGUGUUGUUUUACACAUGGAUUAACGCGAAAGCGGAAUGCUUUAAAGAAGGCGGGAGUGCCAUCAAUGGCUUGACAUGAUGUUCAGAACGGCGUCAGUCGAGGGCUCCGGGCCGAGGACGCCGCCCGCCUACGUCCCGCACCCCCCGUACGUGCCCCCCCGUUUCUUCCCGCCCAGGAUCAGACCCCCGCCCCCGCAGUACUGCUUCGACGCAGCCCGAUUCGCCUGCGACGCUUCCAAGCCGCGAUACUUGGACGUUGAAAGAGAACGGCUGGUCACGAGAUGGUUGGCUGAAGCUAACGAGGCUCUGGUUCGCCGCGAUCGACCUCCAAGGUAUAAACCGAGGAGCAGCGAGCGGAGACCCGACUUCCUCGACAGGCGACCGGUCCCGGAGUGGUCUGAUAACUUUCUGCUCGGCAGACGCAAUGGUUCCGUGGAGCCGGAGGACGAUACUAGUGAAGUGAUGACGUUAAAAGACUUUGUGGAUAAGUUCUCUCUGCCUCGUGUUGUAAAGUUCGAGGGCGAGGAUAGGCCAGUGCUGUUGUAUAGAGUGUUGGAGGCGCACAGGAGAGUGGAGGCGGUACCGUUGUCCGGGAAGAAAGGGAAGCUGGUCGGGAAACCGUUGUAUAUACCGGAUUCUUAUGAUGGUUGGUUUUCAGCGUGUGGAUGUCGCGGCGGUGCCCUGGCGUCGCCCCGGGGCUCCAUAGCUGCAUUACUGCGAGCGCGAGCCUUCGCCAUGGUCUCGCCGCGGGCCAUCUCUGCCUACAGAGCGCGGCCAACCUCAGAUAAUGGCCGGAUCGGAGCCCAGUACGAGCGCUCGGCCGCACGACCUGGUACUCCUCUGAGGCUUGCGGGAGUGUUCGCUGAUGGAAGCAAGGCUAAAGCUCCGAAGUACGCGCAGCUCAUCGACCCACAAGGGAAUGAGCUCUUCGUGCCGAUCAAUACUAAAGGGGAACUGUAUGAGGUCUGUCCCGAGGAGCUCACUCCGGCAGAGUGGGAGAACGGCGAAGUACCAGUGUCUCCUCCACCUCCCGAGGCUGGCACAAAGGCGCAUCGUUUGCCGCACCUGUUGAGCCUGUGGCGGCUGCCGACCAGGGUACGACUGCUGGCGGGAACGGUGCCCAUCGAGAUGGCACACGAUGUCGGAGAAGACCUCCUGCUGCGGGCGGCAGUGACUGAACCAGUCCUUGUUAUGUGCAGUCUUCCCGAAUACGGUUCGAUACUGUCGAGCCCCAGUAAACAAGUCGACCCACGUUACCACGCCAAAGAGGCAUUGCGACUACUACCUCUCAAUGGCGACAUCAGAGUCCGCCGCACGCAGCUCGGCUUCGAAAACGAGAAGCGAAUGUUCCUCUCCGCUCGCCUACAAAAAGCUCUAACCUUCUGUCAACACAACGUUGACAACUGGAUCAGGCAGAUCUCCUACGCGAACUCGUCCGUCAUCGGCAAAGCGAAGACAGCUGAAGACAUCAUGAAAGAAGACCAGGAGCCGGUCAAAUUUGAAAAGGAACGAAAAUUCACACUGCAAGGCCUGAAGAUCGAUCCUUCCAGACUGUUCGGUAAAAGUGAAAAGGUUCUAAAAGACAUACCCGACGAAACCGAAGGAUCAAUUAUAUUUUUAAGUAAAAACGAACUCGAGCACAUGAACUACGAGAUGUAUAGCGAUGACGAGGUAAAAGAUAACAAGAGCGACGAUAAAACAGAACAAGAGGGUUUCUCCAACGAAAAAAUGCACGUCUUUCGAGAAGAUCCCGGACAGAAGAAAAACAAGUGGUUUAAAAAUUUAAAACUCCUGAAAAGCGCCGAGAAACUUGCAGAUGAUAAGGUAUCGGCGAAUCAAAAACCAUCCGAAAUACGGGAUCCCUUCGAUCGACUGGGAGAGAAACAUAGUUCUAUUGAGCGGUACCAGGACAUGGCAAAGUUGAUAGAGGAUAGGUUCGGUGCGUCCAGAAAAAGCGACAGUACAGCCGAGAAUAGCCAUUCAUAUAAAAGCUUAACAACGUCGUCCUCCGAAAUGGGAACUAGUCAAUGUAGCUCAAAUCACAAGAAACCGGUGCUCACAAAAUCAGUUUCGGUUCAAACCGGAAUGCCUAAUAGCUCCGAAGACGACAACAAUGAAAUGAACAUGAAACACGGAAGAAAGAACUUGAGUGUGGACCAAAUAAAUUAUUGCGGGUCCAUGGAAAGCGACACUAGUUCGGGCAGAAAGCUGAAGUCUCUCGACGAAAACAUGCUAAAGAAAUCAUCGGCUACGAAGUCAUCCUCGAAUUUGGAAAGGCGCCAGAGGAUCCAGCCAGAUUUGAUACCGGAAAAGGCUAUCGUGAAAUCGGAAUCAUACAAUCAAAUUCACAGCUGCGAAGACAUCAAUAUGUACGGAGCCGGCUCUUUGUUUAACGAUAGCGAAUUCGAAAUAAACUACAAGCAGCACUCGUUCAUAACCGACAAACUCUGCUCCGAGUUCCACGUCAAGACAAAGAAGGUUCUGAGCAAGUCCACGUCUAAUUUACUGCAUCCUAAGAAAACGAACGAUAAGAAGGAAGGCAGUAACAGCAACAGCAUGCCGACGAAAACUGAACGCGGCAGUGACGCUGAGAGAUUUAACUUUAGAAAGAAAAUAGACAAGCCGCGGGCUCCGACCCCGAAAUCGGAGGAGGAAGACGCGCUAGUCGAUAUUUCAGAAACGCAAACAAAAGUUAGAAGAUCCAUAUCGUCCAUACAGAAACGGAAGUUACCUGUGAUAGAGGAUCUGCCGUACGGUCAAGUAGCCGACGCGGUCGACGUCGAUGAAGAGCCAAUCGAAGCCGACGGUAUAUCAGAUAAUAUAUACGCUGAAAUAUGUCCACCGAAUCAUAACAAAACGGACAAUGACUACGAUAUGAACAUAGACGUGCUGGCCAACGAUCCCGUUAUACGUAACGUUAAAAAGGAAGUGAUCACAAGAAACGAUGAAAGAGCGAGACAGAUGAUGAUCGAAAACCAGGAAAAUCCCUUCAGGCACAUCGAAGUGGUCGUUAUAGAGAAAACUGACUUCGAACUUGACGAUUCUAGUGUUACGUCCAGUGAUAUAGAAGAUAGGCCGGCUGUAUCCAUAGUAGAUUCGUGGGAGAGGGAGAACGAUGCUAGCAAGGUCCACGCUAUUCGCUUAGAAAUAACAUCUCACGAAUAUACAAACGAAAGUCAGAGUAUUGACGAUUCCGAAGUAGUUCUAAGUAAAGAUUCGUUGAGUUUUAGUAAUAGUAUACAUUUGAAUGGCAAUUAUCCCAACGAAGCCAUUUAUGAUACGUUAAAAUAGAAAAAGGAAACAUGAUAAAGAAAAAAGCGAUUGAAAAAUUUAGUUUUAGCAUUGAAAAUUAUCGAAGUAUGAAUACAGCUGUGUGAAAUGUGAUAUUACGUGUAUUUGUUUUGUGUUCGUUUCAUUAGAUCAGUUAUAGAUGAGUGGGUCGUAUCAAUUCAGUAUCACGUGAAAAGUCAUAGAGUAGAGUUUUGUGUUUAAUUUUUUUUGACAGUGUUAUUUUACUGAAGUUCAACUCCACGGUUUUGUGAAAGUCGUGUGUGAAGGUCUUGGGCUUUUCGUGUCGUCAGAACGCUUUGUAGACUCUGUAUAAGCAGUAUAAGUGUUCCGUGUAUAGUGAGGAUUUUGUUAUUCAAUUUUGCGUCCAUCAAAAUUAUCAUCUGAGACGGAUCUGUUGUAACUAGUUCUCGUCUUUGAAAAUAUUUCAAAUUUAAUUUAAAACAGUGCUGUGUUCAACUGUGGUCUUAAUUCGAUACGUUAAUCUAAUAAUGAAACUUAUAGAACUGACCAACAAGGGUAAUUUCGAUGUGUUUGUAUACACAACACAUUAAGCAUCAUUAAAUAUGAAUAUGUAAGAAAUUUGUAAAAAUUCAGCACUGAAGGCUUAUAGGGCAAAAUGAAUUCACUUUCUACCUUUUAGUAAUUUCAAUUUUUAUUAAUCAAUAACCUCAUAACUUAAAAGGUGCUCAAUUAUAUCGGUAGUAAAUUCACUGAGUUGUUUGAUCAAUUCAUAUUUUCAAGCGCCUUAAUUUAGCAAUGUAUUCACUAUCACCGCUAGAUGGCGCUGUCCUCAAUAAUUACUAUUAAUUUUAAGUACCUACAUUAGAAUUGUAAUUUUUAAUACUGUAAAAACACAGCACACGAACUCGGUGCUAAGCAAGGUGCUCCUAUUUUGUAUACAUAUGCCUAUUUUAAUAAUAAAUGUACACCUACCGGUUUCAUUAUUUUUUUGUAAGGAAAGGGUUCAAUGUUUAUAGUCUUUCUUGUAACUUGCGUACAUUGCGUUCAAGAUUUGAUAUUCUGUGAAAGUCCGUGGACCUCAAGCUGUCCAAGGAACAGUUAUUUUGCCAUGUCACAGAAAUUAUUAUUAUUUUAAUUAUUUUCGAAAGAAGACAAGGCUAUGGCUCAACUAAGGUUCAAUGGUUUCUGUUGUUCAUACACGUCAGUAGUUAAAAGUAUAGGUACAUUAGUAGCAGAAUCCUCACCUAUUUACUAGAUAACCCCACCGCUCCUAUCCCAGCAUAGGUCCGUAUCAUCAUCUUCAUACCAUCAUGCAGCGAGCAUAGGCUUAGGUUUGCAUGUCUGCACUUAGCUUUUAAGAUCAGGUAAACCUUAAAAAACUCCUUUGCUGAUGUCAAAAAAAAUUGUAUUAAAUAGAUUUUAAAAUCCGAAUAUAGAAACACUGUCUGGCGAUAAAUAUACAUCCGUGUGCUUCGCUUGCUAUCUGCGUUUACCGUCCAUAGAUUAUAUUUAUAUUCAAAAGAAAUCUGGAUUAGACUUGCGCAAAACAUCACUUCCCAAUGUAAUGUGAUAUGACAUCACUUUUACAGACAGGUGAUAUUACUCGAAAACAUUACACAUCACUCUUAACAUUACCCGGUGCGUUCAAUAGAUACUGUGACGAAUACAUUGUAUCUAUACACCCGAAUCAUUACCUAAGUGAUGUGUUCGUACUUUGUAUUGUAAUACACUGUCAUAUUACUUGACAGAGAUUGACUUACUUACUAAUAUAAUAAUUUUAUUUUUUACUUAAUAUAAUUUAUUGUGGGAUGAACGGAUUUCAUAUGGCGACUUAGACUGCAAAUUGAGCUCGACGAUAAUGUUAAUAUACGAGAGCAGUAGACGCCAUUCUUUCUUUCAUUUAUUAAACACGCAUUAAAACAAAUAAUACAACUAUCUUCAAACAAGUGCUUAAGUAAUUCAAACACAAAAAUUAAUAUGAAAUAUUACUAAACAAUUACGAGCGACUAGCGAUUUUACAAAAGUUACGAAAAAAAAAUUAAGUAACUACUUGCGGUGAACUACCGGCUGGCCGCAUGAAAAAUAUAAACACAAAUACUUAUUAAAUAUUAAAAUUCAGACGUACCAUAGGUAUAAAAAUGUACCUAGCGGCCAGGGCAUACGGUUCAAAAUCACUAGGAAUAAUUUCGUGUCGCUUGCUCAUUUAUUUUGCGUAGAUCGGUCUGUCUCGCUCGCUCGGUUCCGUUCGUGUAAUAAGCAACAUUACACGACAAAGAAAGAAACAUGUUGGGUGAUAGUGUCAUGUUUGUUUCCUUCGCGUAAUGUGUGAUGUUGCAUUACAUCUUAGCUUCGAUCAAUAAUACUAUUAUUGAUCGAAGCAUCUUAGAGUAAUAUUACCGGAGUAAUAUCACUCGCAUUACUUACACAUGUCUAAUCUGGAUUCUUCCGGUUAGUUUAAAAUCGUAGAACGAUGGCACUAAAUUAUAAUAUUUUACUGAAAAAUGGACCGUCUAAGUAACUGGUAUGCGCUCAUUUAAUUUGGUGUUGAAAUAAAUGUGUACGUAAAAA